GGAGAGGAAAAGAGAGGGGAAGGGAGCGGAGAGGAGGGAGGAGCCCGGAGGGAGGAGCCCGGACCGCCGCUGCCGCCGCUUUAAGGACAAGUCUCAUGUUUCUCUGAAGAACCUUCAAGAAGCUAGACAGCCUGUCUUGAAACUUAGAGAGAAGGGAGGCCCACAGUUGUUUCUUGAAAUCUGAGGCUGGCAAUGGCCACGUGGGAAAGACCUAGCCAGAGGCUGCCUCAGCAGCAGCCUCAGGUAGCCGAGGCAGCCACAGAGGGGGACCCGAGUCUGCCCACAGGCCGGGAGCUGGCCGAGGCCAACCGCUUCGCCUAUGCCGCGCUCUGUAGCAUCUCCUUGUCCCAGCUGUUUCCAGAGCCUGAGCACAGCUCCUUCUGCACAGAGUUUAUGAUGGGCCUGGUGAAGUGGUUAGAGCUUUCCGAAGCUGUCUUGCCAACCAUGACUGCUUUUGCCAGCGGCCUGGGAGGCGAAGGAGCAGACGUGUUUGUUCAGAUUCUAUUGAAGGACCCCAUCUUAAAGAAUGACCCAUUGGUGAUCACUCAGGACCUUCUGACCUUCUCACUCAAGGAUGGGCACUAUGAUGCCCGGGCCAGAGUCCUCGUUUGCCACAUGACCACCCUACUCCAGGUGUCCUUGGAGGAGUUGGAUAUCCUUGAAAAGACGUUCCUCGAGAGCCUGAAGGAAACCAAAGAGGAAGAAUCUGAAAUGGCCGAGGCAUCCUGGAAGAAGAAAGAAAACCGGAGGAAAUGGAAGCGGUAUCUCCUGAUAGGCCUGGCGACUGUCGGAGGCGGGACGGUGAUUGGUGUGACCGGGGGUCUAGCUGCCCCUCUUGUUGCUGCAGGAGCCGCGGCAAUCAUUGGCAGUGCCGGGGCAGCAGCUCUGGGCUCAGUGGCUGGCAUAGCUGUCAUGACCUCACUGUUCGGUGCAGCUGGUGCCGGCCUGACAGGAUACAAGAUGAAGAAGCGUGUUGGGGCCAUUGAAGAGUUCACGUUCCUGCCUCUGACGGAAGGCAGGCAGCUGCACAUCACCAUCGCCAUCACAGGGUGGCUUGCCUCUGGAAGAUACCGCACCUUCAGCGCCCCAUGGGCUGCCCUGGCCCGCAGCCAUGAGCAGUACUGCCUGGUCUGGGAGGCCAAAUACCUGAUGGAGCUUGGCAAUGCCCUGGAGACCAUCCUCAGUGGUCUGGCCAACAAGGUGGCCCAAGAGGCCCUGAAAUACACAGUGUUUUCUGGCAUUGUGGCUGCCCUGACCUGGCCAGCAUCACUCCUCGCUGUCGCCAAUGUCAUCGACAACCCCUGGGGUGUGUGCCUCCACCGAUCAGCAGAGGUUGGCAAGCACCUGGCCCACAUCCUGCUCUCCCGGCAGCAGUCUAAGACAGACCUUCCAGCAUUACGUCCACGUUGCAGCCAGUGGGAAGGCCAGCGACCCGUCACCUUGAUUGGCUUCAGCCUGGGAGCCAGAGUCAUCUACUUCUGUCUGCAGGAGAUGGCUCAGGAGAAAGAUUUGCAAACAAGGACUAAGACUCAGAGAGCUGGAGUGACUUGUCCAAGGUCGGAGCUGGGACAUGGCAGAGCUGUGAUUCACACCAGUGCCGGACCCCAAAGCCUGGGUCAUUCCACUGCAUCAGGCCACCCUCCCUGCUCCUUCUCUUGGCUUUUUACCCAUCUGUCUGUUUCUACAUUCACUGUUUUGUGUUAUAAAGUAUCUGCUCAAAGGUCUCCCUCCUCAGUUACAGUAUUUUCAGCUUUGGGGCAGAUACUGUGUCUGUCUUGGUAUCACCAGCGCCUGGCACAGGACAUGGCCCAUAGGAGGUGCCCAGUGGUUGUUAAUAGAUGAUUCAUUAAUGGAGGGAUAUGAAGGCAGCCAUGAAGUUUGCUGUGAGUGUUACCUGCAGAAGUCGUCUGCCCAAGGCCUGGCAGAGUGACGCCACAGCCCAGGAGACCCGGGCCGGCCUACUGGCCUGUUGCCAACCUGUGCCCAGGUGUCCUAGUAACCUGGCAGCUCUUAGGCUAUUCCCACUCCCAGACUGCUGCAGGCAUGACCAGCCAGCACAUAUACACCUGAAUGCACUGAUCCUGCCUGCUGGAAACCAAGACAAACGUGCACCUGCCAACCAUUUAUGCGUUUGGGCAGGAAAUACAUGUAGCCAGAAUUCCCAGGGAUGAACAGGCCAUUUCCAAUGACGGGCCACUGGCAAAGGGUAUUUCUGGCCCCUGCAGGGGUGAGAGCCGGGGUGGCCAGGAAGAGCCACCAUCUGUGCACUCACGGGGAGCUUCUAGGCCCCAGAUCGUGGUGGGCGUUUCAUCUUUUCUAGUAUUUCCUUUUAAAAGGUUUUAAAAAUUGAGAAGUUGGGAAGCAAACUCAAUUCAAACUGACUCAUGGUGACUGGCUGAGCCAGGAUAUGGCCCCAUGAGCCAAGAAAUCAAUUACGGCUUCCGUUAAUUGAUGCGUUUAUUCUCCCAGUCAUUCCAAAAGGAUUUGAAGGGAAUUAAUUAAAGGCAUCACACAUUGUGGCUGCGCUGUGGCCCUGUCCAUGCAGUCAGCAAGACAUCAUGCAAUAAGCCAGGCUGGCCUGUUGGCGAUUCGUUCAGUAAACAUGAGCCUACAAGGCCUGCUGCACUCUGGCACCGGGGUUGGUUAAUUGAGUCAAUCCUGGCUCCUGCAUUCCACUCCAUCUGUAAAAUGACUCGAUUUGAUCACUUUUCCUUGUGUCCAUGAUGCGAGGCAGAGAGGCAGCCAGCUCAGAAGCUAGCAUCCUUUAUGACAUGAAACAGGGAGCACAGGACUUAGAGUUUAAAGGCCUGAAUUCAAAUUCGGACUCUACUAGUUACUGUCUGUGUGCCAUAAGGCAAGUCACUUCACCUCUCUGAGAUCCAGGCUAAUUAGUAAAAUUAGGUUGCUGAUGCCUCCUGGGGUUGUUCUGGGGAUUUAAUAAUUACCAUUUAUUAAGCACCUUAUGCCAGGCAUUAUGCUAAGAACUUUGCAUAUUUCUCAUUUACUGUACAAACUACCAUAAGAUAUAAAGAAAAAAAAGGUAGGUAUUAAUAUUCCCAUUUUGCCUAUUAGGAGACUGAGGCCAGGGGCUGUGUCCGUUUUGUUCACCUUUGUGUCAUGAGCACCCAGCAGAGGACUUGGCCCAGAGGAGAGUCACAGCAGCUUACAUAUGAUGGGCCGGGUACUCCACUCCAGCCUGUUGUCGUUGUUGGGUGCCGUGGAGUCGAUUCUGACUUGUAGCAACCCCAUGAGGCAGAGUAGAACUGCCCUGUGGGGUUUUUUGGGUUGUAAUCUUUAUGGAAACAGAUCGACAGGUCUGUCUCCCGAGGGGCCACUGGGUGGGUUCAAACUGCCAACCUUUCAGUUAGCAGCCAAGCACUUAACCAUUGCACCAACAGGGCUCCCUGCACAAAGCUGGCCUCUCAGUAUGGUGGACAUGGCAGUGCAGUGCUUGGUAUGUAGUAGACCCUCAGUAAAUAAGCAUUGUUUUCUCCUUCUCUCCUUGAGUUUAUCCAUAUGGAUUUUUCCAAGGCUCCAGUACUCAUUGCCUCUGAGCUUGAUAAUAAAACAAUAACGUUUUUAGACUAACUGGCAGCUGUCAGGAAGAAAUGAGUCAGCAGAACGCAUGAGUCACUUCUGCUUUCACUAAAGGCUGACCAGCCCUGGAGUCUUCCCAGGACACUCAGCGCAAUCAUUUGGCUCCCCCUGGGGAUGCAGACACCCUUGCCCUUUGCUGCCACCACCUGCUGAAAUGCCUUUGAUCACACAUUAAAUGCUGGUUAUUCCAGUUGUCUCGGCUCAGCCAGCUACCGUGAGUCAGUCUAAAUUGAGUUUGCUUCCCAACUUCUCAGUUUUUUAAAUCUUUUUAAGGCAAAUACUGGUUGUGGGAAGAAGGCAAGAAUUCGGGGACUGGCUAUGGUCUCAACUCUGGGGCCCAGCGUCUUGCUCCAGCAUCAACCCACAGGGUACAGUCUCCACUUGACCGGCUUCCUCCUCCUCCCACAGACUGGCCACCAGCCCCCAGGACCCACUAGAUAAGUCCACUUGGCUUCUGGGGCCACAGGUUAGAACUGGAAGAACCUCCAGAAACACCUCCUCCAACACCUUCAUCUUACAGGCAAGGUAGAGACAGUGUUUGCUCCAAAAGGUGGUGGCCAUUGGUGUUUGCUGUUAUGCCUGAGGGAACCCAGGAGUACCCAAAUCCCACCCUAGAAAGUACCUGCUUCUCCCCGCAGGCUUCCCAAUAGAGAUGAACAUGCACACCCUGGCUAAACGAUGAUCAGGGCACCACCGUCAUCCAGGCUGGCACCCAGUGACCCCAGGGAAAAACUAAGCUGCAGGUAUGCUGGAUCACCCAGCAGGGUCAGCCACCUGGAAGCUCCGGACCUGACCUGGGCCCUCCUGCAUCCUGGCUGGUGGCGUGGAGGAAGGAAGGGAGUCAAAGGAGAGAGGGAGAUGAAGAGGGGACCAUCUCCACUGCCUGGAAUGAAGCUAGGGCCAAGAAGAGAGAACAAGGUGGCCCUGCCUACCCCAAGGGACCUGGCUAGCUUGUGAGCCCCAUUGCAGGAGAGGGAACCCAGCCUGUGGUCCUGCUUCCUGAUGUACAGAGUCCUGCCCACGAGUGCAUGUGGCCCAUCGGUGUCCUUGCAUUUGACCAGUCAGAGCAGCACCCCCUCUUCCCUUGGCCAGUACUGGGAGGCCUGGGCAGACAGUGGGUAGAGGGAUAUGCUGGUGUGAAAGGAGAGGCUGAGAAUUCCUUCCGCCACUCCUGCAGCUGAGGCCGGACAGACCCAGGUAGCCAUACUCCAGCACCAGCACUUGCCCCAGCCACCCUGCCACCUCAGGACAGUCAGCACUCCCCUGGGGCCUGAAAAUCUGUUGUGCAGAAGUUCCCCAGAAUGUUCUUUGUUCCAGGAUAUAUCUCCCUGGCCUGUCUCUCCUGCCUCCUGGUCUAGCCAUUUCUAGACACACUUCCUACCCCUAACUGUAAUAUAUAUAGGGAGCGAGGGAUUGGUUAAGGGAAAAGCCUGCUAAUAAUUAUGCAGGGGCUUCAGUUCUCCAUACUGCAGGGUUAAGAGCAUGGGCUUGGGGUCAGAAAACCCUCAGAUCAAAUCCCAGCUCUCCUACUUACUUGUGCUGUGAUCCUGUUUAGUUGCUCUUCAAGUCUUCUUCAUUAAUAAGACAUAUCUAAUGCUUCAUGGACGUAUUGGAAGGUUAAAUAAGAUAACAUAGGUGAAGCACUUAGCACACAGCCUGGCACAUAGUAAAUGCUCAAUAAUUGGCUCAGAUCAUUAUAUGGUAGGUGGUUUGCAGAUUUCAGAGAUUGUUGUUGUUAGCUGCCGUUGAGUUGGCCCCUGAUUCAUGGUGACCCCAUGCACAAUGGAAUGAAACGCUGCCAGGUCCUGACCACCUCCAUGAUAGUUGUGGAUCAGAUAGUUGUGAUCCGUAGAGUUUUCACUGGCUGAUUUUCAGAAGUGAAUCACCAGCCCUUUCUUCCUAAUCCUAGUCUGGAAGUUCCACUGAACCCUGUUCAGCAUCAUAGCAACACUCACACCUUCGCUGACACAUGGGUGGUGGCUAUGCACGAGGUGUAUUGGCUGGGAAUUGAAUCCGGGUCUCUCGUAUGGAAGGCAAGAAUUCAGUUUAAUCACACUGAACACUCAGUAUGAACCGAACACAGAGUUUAAUCAUAAUUUGAGGAUCUAGAAGGCCAAUUGCCUGCCAAAUGCAGAGCAGAAGAUAAAAAUAUUUCUAGAAAAAAGAAGAAGAAAGAAAUCUGAAUAAAUAGGGAAAACAUUAAAGAAGGAAGGAAGGAUUCAGGAACACCAUCUUGGGGUCAGUGCCAUGGGCCUCAGUCCAUUCUUUGAUGCUAUGAACAUUUGAAAUUGUGGACUCCUAAACCCAGGGUUCCAAGGGAUGCUGGAAUCAUCUGGUUCAGGCAUCCACACAGUACAGGGAUCCCCUUGAUAUCACCCAUGAAAGAUGUCCCCUCGCCUCUGCUUAAUUGCUUCUAGCGACAGGAAGCUUACUACUACACAGAUGGGCACUUACAAAAGGAACUGAUUAUUUUAACAUGAGAGUCAAUCGCUUGUAGGCUGUUAAGGCUGUUUGUGUUUGAACACGUAUUGAAAUAAGAUAUGUUGUCCAGUGAGGCCGCUAGUGACCCAGACUGGGCCCCAAAGACUGCAGUACCUGGAUGGCCAGCAUGUCCCCAGGUUUCAUCCUGGGCUUUUUGGAAACAUGAUUUUACCCAUUUUGUACCCAUAGCUGAUCAGAGCCCCAUUAACCAAGCUCACAAGAGACAGUAUUGGAAACUGAACACUGAUUCAUUUAGGUCGAUCAGUAAUUCGUACUCCCCAGCAGAUGGAGUGGACUCCAUGCUCAAUGCCCAGCUCCUGGGGAAACAGGUUACCCGCCCAAGGUUCCAGGCGAGCAGGGGUAUGGACGGGACGGUCUCUGCUGGCCACAGGGAGCCCUGAUGGCAUCCUCCUGUCAUGGAGAGACCCCCUAGCAGGUGACCUCAGUUGCCUUCCCUCCCAGGCCUCCCCUGACACUCAAAUUGUUGCAUAUAUGGGUCAAUAGUAAGUGAAGAAUCCAGGCCCUCUGCAGUGAAGCAGCAUUCCUAUGGGGGAGGGGGGAAGUUCCUAAAAUUCCCAUGAUCAUCAAGUUUGCUCAGCCAGUAUUGUCAAAACUGUUAUCUUUUAGAAAAUAGCUAGGCCAGUUGCCUUCCAAAUGCAGAGCAGAAGAUAAAAAUGUUCCUAGAAAAAAAAAAAAAGAA